AUGACCUGGACAGAAGCUCAGAGUUACUGCAGGCAGCACCACACAGACCUGGCCAGUGUGAGGAGCCAGACUGAGAACGACCAGAUGAAGGAAACUUUACCAGUGAAUUCAGGUGCCAUGAUCGGCCUGUACAGAAUCCCCUGGCAGUGGUCAGAUGGUAGCAACUCUUCCUUCAGAUACUGGAAGACAAACAAACCUAAUAAUGGCAAGGGCAAUGCGUUCUGUGCAAGAGCAGUUUUCGCUUCCCAUGGCGGAUGGUCAGACUGUCCCUGUGACAUGAUGUUUCCCUUUGUCUGCCAAAGUAGUGAAGUGCAGCAGCAGGUGGUGAGAAUGAGUCUGACCAGAGAGAACUCUGGUGUGGACCUAGAUGAUCCUGCUGUGAUGGAGGCCAUCUUACAACAGGUCCAGGUGAAGCUGAGAGAGAAGGGGCUGACUGAAGACUUCCAGCUGAGGUGGAGAAAGCAGCCAGAUGGAAAGGUCUUCCACAAGGAGGAAGACGAGAGUUCUCAGAGGAAGAGGAAGAAAAGGGAGAGGAAACCAGUUCUGACUAAGAGGGAACUCUAAAUAUACAGGCACAAGGUUAAACUAGUUAAAAGGUUAAAACCCUGUAGUUGAUACUAACGCAGAGCUAAAGUGAUUUUGUUUUCCUUUGUUUUCUUGGUCAAUCCCGGCCCGAAAAUAUUUUUUUCAACCUGUAAAAAAA